AUGAACCCGGGCAGUGAUAACUGGCACCCUGGUGGCCCACCGCAGCACCCAGGCAUGGAGCAGAUGAACCAGCAACCUCGCCCGCUGGGCUCUUUCAGUCAAAAUCCACCCCCUCAGCAAGGUCCGUCGGCGCAGCCUGCGGGGCCUGUCCUUCCGCCCCCUGGCCCUUACCACCCCGCGAGCCAGCCUUCUGGCCACUCCCUCCCUGGGCUGGCGGAGUUGAGCCAGGGCCACGGCGGCCCUCAUCAACCCCCAGCCUAUGGACAACACCCUUCGGCCCCGUCCCACAGCGCCGGACACUCGCUCCCCGCCAUCGGACAGGCUAUGCAACAUCCCUCGCCGCAGUCCAUCAACCGCGAGCGCGAGCGCGACUCCCGGGAGCGCGAACUCAUCGAGCGACAGAGACAGGAGGAGAUGGUCCAUCGAGAACGUGAACAGCGCGAGCGCGAGCAGUUGGAGCUUCAGCAACGGGAGCGACAGCAGCGCGAGCAACAGCACCACCCGGUUCAGAGCCACACAGGGUCUAUCCCCUUGCAUCAGCCUGUCGCGUCGAAGGUCCCGAACUCCAUUCAUGGUCCCAAUGGGCUCCUCUCGAACAUCGGGUCAAAUCCGCCUGCUGGUCCGCAGCCAGGUGGUCCGGGCUCUCUCUAUGGCCCUCAGAUGCAACAUGGCGAAGGCACGCCCCGGUCGUAUCUGCAGCAUCCGGGUGGCCCGCCGGGUCAGCCCAUGAUGGGUUUCAAUGGCUCGGGUCCUCAGAUGCCGGGCAAUGUUGCGGCUUUGGCGCAGGGUCAACAGCCCAUUCUGAAUGAUGCGCUCAGCUAUCUCGACCAGGUGAAGGUUCGGUUCGUCGACCAGCCGGAUGUGUAUAACCGGUUCCUGGACAUAAUGAAAGAUUUUAAGAGUCAAGCCAUCGAUACGCCAGGCGUCAUUCAACGCGUGUCGACCCUCUUCAACGGUCACCCUGCCCUCAUCCAAGGCUUCAAUACUUUCUUGCCUCCUGGUUAUCGCAUCGAGUGUGGAACGGAGGAUAACCCAGAUGCCAUUCGCGUCACCACUCCCUCGGGUACCAACACAAUCAGUAUGCCCCAGCGCGCGCCGUUGGAUGCUGCAGGUGAUAUGGGACCUGCUGGUGGUAUGGGUCAUGGACGUCCGGACUUCUUUGAUCAAGGUCGUCCGGGGUGGCAACAACCCCAACAUCAGCAGCAACAGGGUAAUCUUCCCGGAUCAUACUCUCCUGGUUCUCGCAUGAUGGGUCCAGGGAUGUUUGGCCAGCAAGGUGGACAGGGACAACCGCGCGAGCAUCAUUAUGAUUAUCCCUCUCAACAGGAACAGCAGGGCCCCGGCCCCUCGGUUCCUCAUGGACAGGAUCAUCGCGGCGUGUCACAGCUCCAGGGCGCGGCCUCCGCUGCGUCGGCUGGUUUGGGACGUCCGUCGAUGAUGCAAGUGUCUCCCGCGGGGCAAGGCCCCAACUUGUCUCAACCGAUGAAUAGCCUGGCAGGUGUGGGAUCGGGAAUGUUGCAGGGUUCGCAGGCGGACUUGAACAAGCGUGGACCUGUGGAGUUCAACCACGCGAUCAGCUAUGUGAACAAAAUCAAGAACCGAUUUGCGAGCGCUCCAGAGAUCUACAAGCAGUUCCUGGAAAUCCUUCAGACGUACCAACGCGAGUCGAAGCCAAUCCAGGACGUGUAUGCACAGGUGACGCAGCUGUUCAACACGGCACCGGAUCUGUUGGAGGAUUUCAAGCAGUUUCUGCCUGAGUCGGCUGCGCACGCCAAACAACAGGCGGCGGCGGCUCGGCAGGCCGAGGAGGCGGCCCCCCUUAGCAACGUACGCGGAGAGCCAAGCUAUCCUGCGUCUGCCCUCCCCUCUCAGACUCCCAACCGUGAUGUCAAGAUGCCCCCUCUCGGCCAGUUCAACGUCAAGGACUCUGGUAAGGAGGGUAAAAAGCGUCGCGGUGGCCCCGGUGGCCCAGGGACGAUGGGUUCCAUGUCGGGUCCUUCUGCGGCCGCGGAUGCGGCUCGUAUGGUCGAUGCCCAGGGUCGGCCUCCCGCUCUUCAGCCGGGCAACGCGAACAAGAGAGCCAAAGUACACCAUGGAAAACCCCAGACCGAGGUCGCUCCAGCUGUGUCGCCUACGCUCGUGCCUGCGCUUCCGGAACCGAUCCAGCCUACUUUCUCGCUGACCCCCACUCAAGAGGAAUUCGCUUUCUUUGACCGCGUCAAGAAGUACAUUGGAAACAAACAGACUUUCAGCGAAUUCCUCAAACUUUGCAACCUGUAUUCCACUGAUCUGAUCGAUCGUCAUGUUCUCGUCAAGCGGGCUGGUAGCUACAUUGGAUCCAAUCCCGAGCUCAUGGCCUGGUUCAAGCGUUUCAUGCACGUCGAAGAACCGGAAGACAAGAUCAUUGAAUCCAAGCCUAAGCAGGAGCCGGGCGUGGUGAACUUAUCGCAUUGCCGCUCUCUCGGGCCGAGCUAUCGUCUUCUCCCCAAGCGUGAGCGCCAGAAGCCGUGCAGUGGUCGGGAUCAGCUGUGUUACAGUGUCUUGAAUGAUGAGUGGGCGUCGCAUCCGACCUGGGCGUCCGAGGAUUCGGGUUUCGUGGCCCAUCGCAAGAAUCAGUACGAAGAUUCGUUGCAUCGUAUUGAAGAGGACCGCCACGACUACGACCAUCACAUUGAAGCUUGCACUCGGACCAUUCAGCUCAUCGAGCCGAUCGUGCAGCAGUUCCUCGUCAUGUCGGAGGCGGAGCGAGCAGCCUUUAAGCUCCCUCCAGGUCUUGGUGGUCAGAGCGAGGCUAUCUACCAGCGCGUGAUCAAAAAGAUCUACGAUCGGCAGCGUGGUGAGCGAAUCAUUCGCGAGAUGUUCGAAAGACCCUGCCAUGUGCUCCCCAUCAUUCUCUUCCGCUUGAAACAAAAGUGCGAGGAAUGGAAGGCCAGCCAGCGUGAGUGGGAUAAGAUCUGGCGCGAACAGAUGCAGAAGGCGUACUGGCGUAGUUUGGACCACCAGGCUAUCGCUAGCAAGGGCGUUGAUAAGAAGCUCUUCGUGGCGAAACACAUCCAGAACGAGAUCCAAAACAAGUUCGAGGAGAGCAAAAACCUGCGCAAGAGUGGAUUCCAGGUCCCUAAGCAUCAGUUCGAGUUCGUGUUUGAUGAUUCGGCUGUUCUUAUCGAUGCCACUCACUUACUCCUGACCUUCAUUGACCGCAAUUCCGCUGGCUUUGGAGCCGACCCUCAGAAGGUCAUGUCUUUCAUCAAGGACUUUAUCCCGGUGUUCUAUGGCAUGGACCGCGACAAUUUCCACAUGUACAUGAACGAGAUAUCCAGCGCCGCUUCGCAGGCAGAUGAGAACGAUGACGAGAGCCUGGCUGCUGAGGAAGUUUCGACUCCUCGCAGUCGCAAGGGCCUCACCGGCAAGAAGAUGGAUCUCCUUCGGGAUGUGCUGGAACGCCGUAGCGAGAAAGCCAACCGCACCGAGAAGGAAGGUAGUACUCCGGCGAGUCGAGAUGGAACCCCCGAGGCGGUCCUGGUGCCGUCUACCCCGGUCCCCGAUCCGACUGAGCCUUUCGACGUGGCCGAGCUGAAGUGGAUGGAGCACCCUGGACAGGGUAAUUUCAACUUGCAGCGCGAGUACACCCUGAACGAGUCGUACGAGAAGAAGUCGCACCACCUGUACGCUAACCUUAGCAUUUACUGCUUCUUCCGCACUUUUGAGAUUCUGUAUUCUCGGCUGCUGCGCAUUAAGUUGCACGAAAAGGAUGCCCAUAGCGAUGUGCGCCGCGCGCUUAUGGCCAAGCCGGCGCAGGAUCUUGGACUGAUUGACAAGGUGCCGACCGACUUGUUCUAUGACUGCAACCCCGAGGCGAAUCUGUACCAGCAGAUCGUGCGCAUGUGUGAAGAAGUCAUCAAGGGUGAUCUCGAGCCCGCUCAUCUGGAGGAGACUCUCCGUCGCUUCUACCUGCGCAGCGGUUACCAGUUGUAUAACUUGGAGAAGAUGCUGGCGGGCAUUUCGAAGUUCGCGGGGGCCAUCUUCAACGGAGACUCGAAGGAUCGGAGCUCCGACAUCAUCAACCUCUUCUUCAAGGAGCGGGAUCGCGAAGAGACCACGCAUAACCAGGAGAUCCAGUACCGCAAGCAGGUCGAGAGACUGGUCCGGGAUAGUGAUAUCUAUCGCAUUACCUAUUACCCUACGAACAAGAAGACUACUGUACAGCUGUUGACGCCGGAGGACGCCACCUUGGAGAACGAAGAGCUGAGCCAGGAAGCACGCUGGUCGUACUAUGUCUCCGCCUAUACCAUGCGGGACCCCACGGAGGGAGUACCCUUCUCGCAGAUGCGCAUGCCGUUCCUCAAGCGGAACCUGCCGGCGAAGCUCGAGCAAGAGGAGGAGUACAACCGUUACUACCGUCCGCUGGUGCAUCAAGAUGGUCUUAUCAUCCGCAUCUGCGCGAACAGCUACCACAUUUUGUACGAACCGGGUAGCUUUGACUGGUGGUGGCGGCCUAGCGUGUCUUCGGAGGAACCGGCGGAGGAGGUUGCCAAGGAAGAAGCGGCUGUCAAGGAAAGACGGCGGGACCGCUUUACCGAGAAAUUCGUCAACAACCCCAGCUGGGCGCACGGCCUGAGCAAGGACGAGGUCGACAAGUCGAACCAGAGCUUCCGAUCGUGGAUCAAGGGCACUGCCAGCGAGAGCGGUGCCGCCGAGAACAGUACGACCGCAGCCGUUACCACGUCAGCCGAGGAUGCCCCGGAGGCGUCUACUUCCGACAAGAAAGAGGAGGACCAGGAAGACACGGAGAUGGCAGAUGCCGAGCCGGCCGCGACAGAGUCGAAAGACGAGUAA